AUGCUCUCCUUCCUUUAUGCUGUCCACCACUUCCACCAGGAUUCUAGGAAUCUCUUACCUAACCUCACUCUGGGUUACAAUAUAUAUGAAUACUAUUUUAGUGAGCAAAUUACUUUGGAUGCUCUUCUGGAUCUGCUUUCAGAUGGAGAGGCCAAUGUUCCCAACUACAGAUGUGGAACGCAGAAAAACACUCUCGCUGUUCUUGAAGGGGCCAACGCUGACAUCUCCAUCCUCAUUUCGAACAUGUUGGGCACCUAUAAAAUCCCACAGACAAGUAAAAUGGUGGCCUUUGAUGCUUUUAAGCAAUUUCACUCCUCCAUGAAACACUUUAUAGAGAAAUCCUUUAUGUGUUCCUCCAUCAAGGAUGUCUUGUCUGUGAAAGUCUGGAGACAGUGCAGAGAAAGAGAAGAACUGGAGCUUCUGCCCAAAGAAGAGAUCCAACAAAUCCUGUCUCUUGACAGUUCUUUCACUUACAACAUAAUCUGGGCUGUGGGUCUGGCCAUGCAUUCAGCCUAUUUCUCCAGAUCCAAGGGGCCAAUGAGAAAGAGUGAUGAGAACCUGGGAGCUGAAAGGCUGAAGGCCUGGCAGUUUCAUGCUUUCCUUCAAAACCCCCAGUUGUAUAAUCAUUCCAUUGAUGGGGUAUAUUUUGAUGAGAAUGGAGACCUGGCUGUUGACUUGGACAUUGUGAACUGGAUGGUUUAUGCCAACAAGUCUGUCACCAGAAUGAAAUCUGGGCAUCUAGAAAGACAGGGAAUCCAGGAUUCCAAACUGGUGAUUUAUGAGAACAAUAUUGCACAGGUGGAAAAGCUGAACAAGCCUCUGCCUCCUUCCAGAUGUGUGGAAAGUUGUCGUCCCGGAUUCAGGAAGGUGGCUCAGGAAGGAAAGCCCAUCUGCUGCUAUGACUGUAUUCCUUGUGCAGAAGGAACCAUCUCCACCCAGGAAGAUUCAGAAAAAUGCGCCCCUUGUCCAGAAGAUCAGCAUCCAAAUAUCAAUCAAGAUCACUGUAUUCCUAAGGUUAAAACCUUCCUUAAUUAUAAAGACUAUUUAGGGGUCAUCCUAAUUUCCAUUACCAUGUUCCUGUCUUUGACAACAGCCUUUGUCUUGGGAAUCUUCAUUAAAUUCCUAGACACUCCAAUCAUCAAAGCCAAUAACAGAGACCUUUCCUACAUCCUCCUGGUCUCCCUCCUGUUUUCCUUCUUCACUUCUUUCCUCUUCAUUGGCAAGCCAAGGAGAGUCACCUGCCUUCUCCAACAGAUAACCUUCAGCAUCAUCUUCUCAGUUGCCAUUUCUUCUGUCUUGGCAAAAACGAUCACGGUGGUGCUGGUUUUCUUGGCCACAAAACCAGGGAAUAAACUUCAGAAAUGGCUGGGGAAGAGCUUGGCUACCUCCAUCAUCCUUUCUUGUUCUGCUAUCCAAAUUAUCAUCUGCUCCAUGUGGCUGGGAUUUUCUCCCCCAUUUCCUGACUUUGACUUGUACUCUCAACCUGGAGAGAUCAUCCUGCAAUGCAAUGAAGGAUCUAUUGCCAUGUUUUAUUGUGCUCUCGGCUACAUGGGCUUCCUGGCUGCCAUCUGUUUCAUGGUAGCUUUCUUGGCCAGGAAUCUGCCUGGAACCUUCAACGAAGCCAAGUUGAUCACCUUCAGCAUGCUGGUCUUCUGCAGCGUCUGGGUCUCCUUUGUACCCACCUACCUGAGUACCAAAGGGAAGUACAUGGUGGCUGUGCAAGUCUUCUCUAUCUUGGCCUCCAGUGCUGGUCUACUGGGCUGCAUCUUCAUCCCCAAGUGCUACAUUAUCAUUCUAAAGCCAGAUCUGAAUACAAAAGAACAUUUGAUGUUUAAAUAA